GAGCCACCCCGCCCGCCGGUUGCCCGGAGCAGCGGCCGAGGCCCGCGGGGCUGAGGAGCGGGCGGCGCCGAGAGGUGGGGGCGCGGGGCUCCGGGGUCCCUGUGGGGGACUCCAGGACGUCAGGGCCUCCAGCCAUGCAGCAGCUGGGCCGCCCCAGGCCUGACUGGGAGCCCAUUCGGGUUCUCUCCUCUGUGUUUCGCUGGGGACGUGUGACUGCACAUCCCUGACGCUGGGUGCCUGCAGCCCCUGGAGAAACCCUCUCCGGCUGGGCUCUGCUGCCGUCGUCGUCGGUGAGGCCCCUGGAUUAUGCCGUCCAAGGCGGGCUGCCUGGGGCGCUCGCAGGCGCCUCCCCCGCAGCCCCCCGCCCACGCACGUCUGCGGCCUGCAGGCAGAAUGCUGCGGGGCCACCUGAACACAGACAAAGACCUCGCCCUCCACCCAGGGUCCCCGCCUCCCGACAACAAGAGUCCAGUAAAGGUCAGCUCUGAGGACCCACAGGCUAAGGCAAAACCCUUCACCCCAAAGCCGCCGCCACCGAGGCCCAAGCUGGAGCGGGCGCUGUCCUUGGAUGAGAAGGGCUGGAGGAGGAGACGUUUUCAAACCAGCCAGGAGGACCUGGCCGCCCAGAAUGGGGCCAGCCCUUCCAGGGGCUCCUUGCAGGAAGGAGUCCCCGGGCCCCCCGCCCACACUUGCUCCCCGCCCCGGCUGAGCUCCUCCUUGCAGGAGAUCCCCACCUCCCGCAGGGCCCCAGGCAGAGCCCGAGGGAGCCCCUCUUCAUUGGGUAACAGCGCCUCCUUGGACCUCCUGUACCGGGAAGGCGCCUCGGCAGGGAGCACCCCAAGGCUGGCCAGUGGGCUUCCCUCCUGCCCGCUGCCCGCCCUGGACUGGAACUUUGCCUCCAACUCCCUGCGGACGGCAAACAAGGUGGACGCGGAUCACGCGGACUACAAGCUCCACCUGCAAACCAGGCUGUUCCGGGCCCACAGCAGCUUGGGCCCCGGCCAGCCCCCGAGCCCCCUGGCCUGCGACCACUGCUCCCUGCACUCUGCCAAAUCCUCCUUCAGCCUCCUGGCACCCGUUCGCGCCAAGGACGUCCGCAGCAGGAGCUACCUGGAGGGCAGUCUCCUGGCGAGCGGGGCCCUGAUGGGGGCUGAGGAGCUGGCCCGGUACUUCCCGGACCGGAGUGUGGGCCUCUUCGUGGCCACAUGGAACAUGCAGGGCCAGAAGGAGCUCCCCCCAAACCUGGACGAGCUCCUGCUGCCCGCUGAGGCCGACUACGCCCAAGAUCUGUAUGUCGUCGGGGUCCAGGAGGGCUGCUCCGACAGGCCGGCCUCCGCUUCCUCCCACAGGCGGGAGUGGGAGACGCGCCUGCAGGAGACGCUGGGCCCCCAUUACGUCAUGCUGCACUCGGCUGCCCACGGGGCGCUCUACAUGUCCGUGCUUCUCCGUAGGGACCUCAUCUGGUUCUGCUCAGAGGUGGAGAGCUCCACGGUCACCACACGCAUUGUGUCUCAGAUCAAGACCAAGGGGGCCCUGGGUGUCGGCUUCACCUUUUUCGGCACCUCCUUCCUCUUCAUCACGUCCCACUUCACCUCCGGCGACGGGAAGGUCAGCGAGAGGCUGCUGGACUACAGCAAGACCAUCCAGGGCCUGGCUCUGCCCAAGAACGUGCCGGACACCUGCCCCUACCGCUCCGACUCAGCGGACGUCACCACCCGCUUCGACGGGGUGUUCUGGUUUGGAGACUUCAACUUCCGCCUGAGUGGGGCGCGUGUGGCCGUGGAGGCCAUCCUGAAGCAGGACCUGGGCGUGAGCGUGCCGGCCCUGCUGCAGCUCGACCAGCUCACCCGGGAGAUGAAGAAAGGGUCCAUCUUCAAGGGCUUCCAGGAGCCGGACAUCCACUUCCUCCCAUCAUACAAGUUCGACAUUGGGAAGGACUCGUACGAUACCACGUCCAAGCAGAGGACGCCGUCCUACACGGACCGCGUCAUGUACCGAAGCCGCCACAGGGACGACAUUUGCCCCAUCAAGUACUCCUCCUGUCCUGGGAUCAAGACGUCUGAUCACCGGCCUGUGUACGGCCUGUUCCGGGUGAAAGUGAGGCCAGGGAGAGACAACAUUCCGCUAGCUGCCGGCAAGUUUGACCGCGAACUGUACUUGAUAGGAAUUAAAAGACGGAUUUCCAAAGAAAUUCAGAGACAGCGAGCCCUGAAGACUCAGCACUCCAGCACUGUCUGUACCGUGUCUUGAGGACGUUUGCUGGAGGGCUGUCACCUACCAUGUGGGAGGGAAUUGGACCAGAAACCCUGGACAGGAUGGAGGAGGUUGCCGUUGGGACCGCUCAGCCUUGGGGGACGCUGAUGAGCCACAGCUGGAGGCUGUCCUGCUUCCCUGACAGGAACCCCAGGAGGUCAGUGACCACGGCGAGAGCGGGCCGUGAGGGACAGCACCCCAUCCCUGACCGGAGCCAGUCUGCUCACUCACAAGUGGCCACUGCAGCUACCCCAACUUCCCUCCCUCAGGGUGUGCGUGCGGAGCUUGGGCCUGGACAUCGGUCAUGCCACACCUAUCACUGUCCCUCAGUGGCAAAGGUAGCAGCUCACACAUGGAAACCCAGCCGCAGAGCCCGCACUUCCGCCAGCCUCAGCUCUCCCCGACUCCCCCAUGUGUGCAUGCCCGCGGCCGCUCGAGUCCAGACCUCCAUCCUCCUAGCAGGCCUUCCUCACCUGAGCACAGGUGGCCCGGCUCCUGGGAGGCUGCGCCGUGGGGUGACAUGGGGCCCCAGAUCCCAUGGGACACAUGCUAGGACCAAGCUGAGACAGAGUUGGUCACAAGGCUGAAGCCAGACAAUGUCCAGGGAGCAACCGUGGUACCUGCUGCUGGGCCGGGAUGAGAGCGAGACUGAGGUUUCAGGGCAGCACCUGGUCUUAGGGAGCUAGUCUGAACCUCCCGCCGACGCCACCUCCCUCUCCUCUCGGCUUUGCUGGUUUCAGACUGUUUGCUCAGGUCAGGUCAGCCAUGCAGGGGCUUCAUGGAAGCAGUGUCCCUGGGCCUGAAGCUGCUGGAAGCUUCAGUGUCACCACCCUGCCAUGUUCUGGGUUUCGUUUUCUCAAAGGGUUUAGAGCCCGUUAUUGCUCUUUCUGUCUUAUCCCAUCUCUUGAAAAAAAAAGUACGCUUUGAAUGUGGGCAAAUCUAGGGGCAUUCAAUCUAGUCUUUUAAAUUAUUUAUUUUUCCAUAUUUAUAUUUUUAAAUAAAUACACAUAUUGAAUCUUAAACCCUUGAGUCCUAGAAAGAACCUCUGUACGCACGCCCUGUUCUCAGCGUCCCUGUGACACAGGCAACCCGCCUUGCACCUGCUCCCCGCCGGCUGGCGGCAGCCCCACCUUCCGCCUCUGCUGGGUUUGCUCCGUGGCCCCAGGUGUCAGGAAAGCAGACGACUCAGACGUGAGCAGGUGAAGUCGGUUCUGAUGAGUAGUAUAUCCAGCUUUCAGAGUAUCGGUUUCCACAGAAUGAAAUUAGUACACACGCAAUUUUUUGCUACAAAUGGGAGGCAUCCCGUUGAGGGCACAGCCAGCGCCAUCUAACGUCUAGAGCUCACUGAUUGCCUGUGUGUAAAAUCCUGCUCGAAUUGAGAAUGUGCUGUUGAAUUGCGAAUCAAAUUAACUGAAUAUUCCUGUUAAAAGAUUUUUGUGCUGAUGGGGCUUGAAGUGUGAUUUUAUGGAUCCUUUCUGGGCAGUUUCUCUGACUCAAACCAUGGAAAAGGGAUUUUAAUAUGACUGAGGAGACCAAGCUUUGUCUGGGGCGGUCGUUAUACCCAUCGAAUCAGAUUCAUCCAAGUUAAGUGCUUUACUUAAUACCAGCCCUGAGGUUUUAGAUGGAUGGCAUUUCACUUGGAAAGUUAAACAUUCAAACUAAUGCAAAUGAAGCGGCCAGUCUCUGGAAAACAGGCUUCAUAAAGAAUUGUGAAACACUCGCGUGUGAGGGUGGUUUUUGAAGUCCGGCUCCCGCUCCCAGACACACUUUGCUGGUGCCCUGCUCUGGGCUUCAGGGUGACAGCCAGCCUGCCCUCGGCAUGCAUGUUGCUAACGGGCAGGCAGACAAGGGAGAAGACGGCGGAAGUACACUGAGUACUAGGGGCUGUAAGGUGUGGCCACAGGGAGCAGUGAGGGACAAGCGUGGUGACAUCCAGGGCAUGGAGAGGGCGGUCCCAGCUGAGGGGACAGGAGUGUUCCACACAGUGAGCAGGGGCGGUGGCCAGCAGGGAGAGAAAACUUCCCAAACAGACACCUGUGUCAGGUGGUUAGCAGUUAGUUCUAGAAUGUUCGUAAAGCUGCCGGGUCGUUAAAAGCCUCUCUCACUGUGCAGCUUUGAGAGGCUACGUGAGGUGCACCGGACUUCACUUCUUUACGAGCUGUUCCCAUCUUAAUGCAUGCGUUGUGACAGCUGAACUGGUCUCUCUGCACGAGUCCCCAGGUGGUGACC